AUGUCGCAAUCGAAUCCAUCGGCCAUUUUCGGUAGAUUUCUAUGGUGCGAUCUUUCGUUGUGCAAGGACUUUUUCGAUUUUGAGCUUCUUCAAUGCAUUAUGAGCGAGAACAUUCAAAAAAUCCUUGCACAACAAUGUUAUGUUGAUGCCAACGAGCCUCCAGGAACUGCUGCUGCUGCUGCUGCUGCCCCUGAAACCAUUUUUCUGCACAGUGGACGACAGCGCUCACGCCGACCUUCAAAGCCAACGAGCAAGGAGAUAGCAAAACAAUAUUAUUCCCCUUGCGGGCAACACUGA